AUGCCUUCUGCCAAGCCUUUGUUCUGCCUUGCGACCCUGGCCGGUGCCGCUCUGGCUGCUCCUGCGCCUUCCCGCGUCUCCGACUUCACCAAGUCGGUCCACCUGCACCUUCACUGAUGCGGCCACCGCCUCCGAGAGCAAGACCUCUUGCUCCGACAUCGUCCUCAAGGACAUCACCGUCCCUGCUGGUGAGACCCUUAACCUGAAGGACCUCAACGACGGCACCACCGUCACCUUCGAGGGAACCACCACCUGGGAGUACGAGGAGUGGGAUGGACCCCUUCUCCGUAUCUCCGGUAAGGACAUCACCGUGACCCAGUCCUCCGACGCCGUCCUCGACGGCAACGGCGCCAAGUGGUGGGACGGUGAGGGAACCAACGGCGGCAAGACCAAGCCCAAGUUCUUCUACGCCCACGACCUCGACGACUCCAAGAUCUCCGGUCUUUACAUCAAGAACACCCCCGUCCAGGCCAUCUCCGUCGAGUCGGACAACCUCGUGAUCGAGGACGUCACCAUCGACAACAGCGACGGUGACUCCGAGGGCGGUCACAACACCGACGGUUUCGACAUCAGCGAGAGUACCUACAUCACCAUCACCGGCGCCACCGUCAAGAACCAGGACGACUGCGUCGCCAUCAACUCUGGUGAGAACAUCUACUUCUCCGGCGGUACCUGCUCCGGCGGUCACGGUCUCUCCAUCGGCUCCGUCGGUGGCCGCGACGACAACACCGUCAAGAACGUCACUUUCAUCGACUCGACUGUCUCCGACUCUGAGAACGGUGUUCGCAUCAAGACCGUCUACGACGCUACUGGUACUGUCGAGGACAUCACCUACUCCAACAUCCAGCUCUCCGGUAUUUCCGACUACGGUAUCGUCAUCGAGCAGGACUACGAGAAUGGUGACCCCACUGGUACUCCCUCCAACGGUGUUACCAUCUCCGACGUCACCCUCGAGGACAUCACUGGCUCGGUUGACUCCGACGCUGUCGAGAUCUACAUCCUUUGCGGUGAUGGCAGCUGCUCUGACUGGACCAUGUCUGGCAUUGACAUCACCGGCGGUGAGACCAGCAGCGAUUGCGAGAACGUUCCUUCUGGUGCUUCUUGCGAUCAGUAA